AUGCACGGAAUUUCUACCUGCUUGUGCCCGCGUGGGGCACCCAAUGAGCAUGCAAAUGGCCGCGAAGAGCACGAAUCAUCCGGCCAUGCGAACAGCGCUUUAGGCCACCAGGGUGGCAUGUACCAGGAUAGCUCAUCUGGUGCCUAUGCUACAGACGCUCCCCUUUCAUGCUGUGGAGGUGCUCAUCUGAAGCCUCCGGUUUCUCGGAACGCGCGGGCUUGCGGCAGCGCACCAUCGGCAGUAGUGCCGCAGUCUGACUUAUGUGCGGUAGGGCGUGCCGCACAUCAUCCUGGCCAUCCGGCAGAUAGCCGUCUACCGGAGAGUGGAGUUCAAGCAACACCAUGGAAAUUCAAGAGGGAGGGGUUUAUUCUUUCCUUUGUUGGUCCCCUCACUGAUUCGUACGAUGUAGAGCCGAGAAAGCUUGGCCAAGGUACAUACGGCAGCGUCUGUCGAGCUGUCAACAAGUCAACGAAGACAGUGAGAGCUGUGAAGACGAUCAGCAAGAGCAAGGUUCGAAAUGUCAAACGAUUCAAGCAAGAAAUCUCAAUCAUGAAGUCCCUCGAUCACCCCAAUAUCAUAAAGCUUUUUGAAACUUUCGAAGAUCACAAGAAUGUCUAUCUCGUGAUGGAGCUCUGCAGAGGUGGAGAGCUGUUCGAUCGCAUCAUAGAGCAAGGGUAUUUUUCAGAGGCCUACGCAUGCUCCCUCAUGCGGUGUAUUUUGGCAGCUCUGUUCUACUUGCACAGACAUGGGAUUGUACACCGGGAUCUCAAGCCAGAAAACUUUAUGUUUCUUGACAAGGGAAAGGAUGCUCCCUUCAAAAUUAUUGACUUUGGCUUAGCAACUCGCUUCAGUAAUAACUCAUAUAUGUCCACGCGAGCGGGUACGCCGUUCUACGUAGCGCCUCAGGUGCUCCAGGGCAAAUAUACCUAUAAGUGUGACAUGUGGUCCGUCGGUGUCAUUUUAUACAUUCUUCUUUGCGGCUACCCGCCAUUUCACGGGGAGAACGACGCGGAAAUUCUUGCCCGCGUUAAAGUAGGAAGGUAUAAGUUUAACGAGCAUGACUGGAAAGGGAUCUCAAGUGAAGCAAAGGAUCUUGUUCGGAAGCUUAUGGCUUUCGAUCCCCACCAACGACUUUCAGCCGAGCAGGCUCUCAAUCAUCCAUGGAUUAAGCAUUUUUCCUCAGCCCCUAAUCCUGCAACAGAUGCUCCAUUUAGCCGUACAAUGCUGGACCAUUUCAGGAAACAUGAAUCGAACGUGGGCCCGUUCCGCUCCAGAUAUCGGUUGGCCUCUUUGCAGGCUUUUCAAGCUCUUUGCAAAUUGAAGAAGGCAGCGCUGACAAUUAUCGCACAGCAAAUGAAUGAGACGCAAAUCGAGCUCCUGACUCAAACAUUUCUUGCUGGCCUUAAAAAGGCAGGCAUGAAAGAUAUUCCUAGCGACCUUGAACAACUGAUGAACGACGUAGACUCCGAUGGCUCAGGCGUAAUAGACUACACGGAAUUUGUUGCGGCUACUCUUGAUAAACGGCAGUACAUACAGGCAAGUAGCUUGGUGGUUGUUCGGAAGACCUGCACCUUAGAAGAGUCGCUCUCAGCUUCGGAGCCGUAUAUUUUCCAGAAGGCAGGGUGCGGGUCUCUCCCUCUGAACUCUUCUUGUGCUUUAGGGCAUCUGCUCUUCUGGCACGACCUAGCUCAUGUCCUAUUGAACACAGAUGUACAGUCCGUAUUCCCGUCGCCAGCUUCGCCUGGCAACGGGAACUCUGCUCCUCAUUCAGCAGCGCCAGCGGAAGAUGACGCUAAUCGGGAGGGCCAAAAAGCAGCAACCAGUCUAACUCCCCAAGAAAAGCAUCAUCAAAUGCAGCAGAUCAAAGGGAUUAUUCGUGAAGUGGACCGAAAUGGAGACGGAGAGCUGAAACAAGCCCUUCGCUUGCAUGCGCUGCAGAUAGAUUUCGACGAGUUCAUGGACAUGAUGCGCCGAAGUACCAUCUGCAGUCCCGCUCGCAUAAGCAUCGCAUAG